UAAUCUCAAAAUUAAUCAAAGAAACAAUGUCAAAUAAAUUUAACAAGAGUUUGUUAGUAACAUGUUUAUUAAUUUUCACUUUAGUCUGCUUACUAGACCAAGGUGAAGCCGAACAAUGUGGGUCACAAGUAGAUCACAAGUUUAAUUGCACACAAGGUUAUUGUUGUAGCAAUUAUGGUUGGUGUGGCAACACUGAGGCCUUUUGUGGUGAAGGACAUUGUCAAAGCCAAUGUCCCGAGCCUUCGCCUCCUACACUGCCUCCACCUCCACCACCACCCAUGCCACCUAGUCCUAUAACUGAUAUAUUUUCGGAGGACUUGUUUGAAGAAAUGCUUAAACAUCGAAAUGAUGUUCGAUGCAAGUCUAACGGGUUCUAUACUUACUAUGCUUUUAUUACUGCUGCUACUUCUUUUCCCGAGUUUUGUAAUACAGGGGACGUUGAUACUAGGAAGCGCGAACUUGCUGCUUUCUUUGGCCAGACUUCUCAAGAAACCAAUGGGGGAUGGCCAACAGCAGAGGAUGGACCAUAUGCAUGGGGAUAUUGCUUCAUCAAAGAAGAUACCACAACCGAUUAUUGUGUUCCUUCGACUGAAUGGCCUUGUGCUGCUGGCAAGAAGUACUAUGGUCGUGGGCCUAUUCAGCUUUCCUACAACUACAAUUACGGGCAAGCAGGACAGGGACUAGAACUACCACUUCUAACUGACCCAGAUGUUGUAGAAAAAGACGCGAUCAUAGCAUUCAAGACGGCUAUGUGGUUCUGGAUGACACCCCAGGCACCCAAGCCAUCUUGCCACAAAGUUAUAACCGGGCAAUGGGAACCAACUCAAUCGGACAUAGCUGCUGGUCGAGUGGCUGGUUACGGGUUAACCAUAAAUAUAAUUAAUGGUGGUCUCGAAUGUAACAUACCAGCACCCGAUACACGAGUUGAGAAUCGUAUUGGAUAUUACAAGCGUUACUGUGAUAUUCUUAAUGUUACUUAUGGUGACAACCUUGAUUGCUACAAUCAAAAACCUUUUAAUUGGGGGUAUUUUCUAUCUCGUGGAGGUGCAUUUUCGGCCUAGCUACAUCAUCGAUCGAUCUUUAAGUUGAUUAUGGUUUAGGAGUAUGUUGUAUUAGUACGUUCAAAAUCUAUAUGUACUAGAUACAAUCAUACAAAUCAUAUACAAUAUGGAGUAUAAUAAAGGAGAUAAGCUAAAAUACAGUCCCUGAACUAUGACAUUAGUUGUAUAUUUGGUCCCUCAUCUUUCAAAUGAGGCAAAUUAGUCCCUCUACCACCCUUGUCUCACCAUUUCUGGUGGAGGAACUUAUGAGUUAGCAAAGUUUGAGAAUGUGUACUGCCAACUAAGCAAAAGUUAAGGGACUUAUCCUAGUUAGCAUUUGUUUAGGGAUUACAAAUUAAUUUUUUUUUGUCAGCUACUAAUUAAUAUUUAUUAUGUACAAACUUUGAUUAAAAUGAAAGAAAA